UUUUUUUUUAUUAUUCAUUUCUUUUUCUUCAAUAUUGUUAUGAGUGCGAUAAAAAUUGGUUCCUUGCUUGUCAAAACGCUAGCAAAACCUGUUGCAAACUCGAUCAAGACACAAGCAAAGCAACACCCCACUUUUAGAGAAUUUUGUAUGAGUGUAGCUCAGCGAUCGCACCAUUUGGAAAUGACUUUGAAGAUGAAGUUUUUGGGAUAUAAGACAGAAAAGAUUCGACCCUUAAAUGAUGCAAGAGCCAUUGAAAGUGGCGCUAAUUUUCUGAGUGAAGCUUUUGUUUUUAGUGUAGCCGCGUCCAUCAUCAUUGCAGAGAGUUGGAGAUCUCGAGCAAAAGAUAAGAAUCGUCGAAACUAUGUGGAUGAUGCAUUAGAGAAUUUAGAAAACCAAAACAAAAGCUUGACAGAGUUAUUAGAAGAAACACGGCAAUUACAUGCCACAAAUGAAGAAAGAUUAAAACAAAUAGAAGAAGAUAAUAUUCACCUGAGAAAGAUGUUGGAUGAGGUAGGUUGUGGGUAAGAAGAGGGGGAAAUUGACCAGUGGAAUAUAGAUUCUAUCUGUUAGCAUGGGUCUUAAGCGUCAUACAGAAUACCAACAACAACCUACUGUAAUUACAUUGCCAGGAAUCAGCAAUUGAAAUAAAUAAAGAUGUUUUGUAAAUGGGAU